AUGGCCGAGAAAUCGAUACCAAUCCCGGCUUCCUAUAGCCAGAUUGCCUGCAUAGGGACGGGUCUGAGUGCGAUUGCCCUGGGGGCAACGCUCAAGCGAUGGUAUCAAUUGGACGACAUCACGUUCUUUGAGCGCCAUACGGACUGUGGAGGUACCUGGCACAUUAGCACUUACCCUGGAUGCGCCUGUGACGUGCCGAGUGCCCUCUACAGCUUCUCAUUUGCGCUGAGUCCGAGCUGGACUAAGUUGAUGCCCUCAUAUAAAGAGAUCAAAGCAUAUCACGACUCGGUGAUGGCAGAGUACGAGCUGCGAGAUAAGAUGAUCUUCUGUACCGAAGUCGAGGAAUGUAUUUGGCGAGAGGAAGUCUCACGCUGGCUGAUGAUCAACCGUAAUGUGGUCACUGGUGAGGUGAGCUAUCACGAAUGUCAGGUCUUGUUCGCUGCCACGGGACAGCUGGUAGAGCCCAAUCCUUGUGAUAUCCCUGGCGCUGCAUCCUUCCAAGGUGAUAUCUUCCAUUCUGCACGAUGGAACCAUGAUGUCAGUUUAGAGGGGAAAAACGUGGUGGUAAUUGGGAAUGGAUGCACCGCUGCCCAGAUCGUCCCUGCGAUCGUUGAUCGGACCAGAAGUCUAACGCAAAUCGUUCGCAGCAAACACUGGAUUUUCCAAGGGCCCAAUUUCGAGUACCCGAAAGCGCUGCAGUGGCUAUUUCGCUACGUUCCACUGACAAUGAAGCUGCACCGCUUCCACAUCUUUUGCAUCGCUGAGAACGACUUUCGUUUGUUUCCGACAACUAACAGUGCUGCCAAACUGCGGCGGAAACGUCGAGAGAAAGUGGAGCGCUAUAUGCGGUCCACUGCACCCGCUAAGUAUCACGAGACUCUGAUUCCAGACUUUGACGUGGGCUGUAAGCGUCGAAUCUUUAACGACGGGUAUCUUGAGUCUCUGCACAAUGACAAGCUCCACCUCAUGGAGUCCAAGAUAUUGGAAAUCCAGCCCGACGGGGUCCAAACCACGGAUGGCUUUGUACCCGCGGACGUCAUUGUGCUGGCAACUGGGUUCAAGACCAACACCUUCCUGCCGUACACUCGGAUCCGCGGUCGUCAUGGCACUGUAUCCGACCACUGGGAGCGAUACGAUGGCCCAGCAGCAUACAACUGUACUGCGAUGAGUGGAUUUCCCAAUUUCUUCUUGUUGUUGGGCCCCAAUGCCGCAACAGGACACACUUCCGCACUGAUGGCAUUAGAAAACUCCGUCAACUACGCUCUCCGGGUUCUAAAGCCUAUUUUGGAUGGCCAAGCGGCUUCCCUCGAUGUGAAGCCAGACGCCGAAGCCAAAUAUGUCGAGGAAGUCCAGGAGGCGUUGCGUCACCGUGUCUGGAACACGGGAUGUGCUUCUUGGUACUUGAAUGAGAAAGGGUGGAAUGCAAUGGCGUAUCCGUGGACCCAGACUCACUUUUGGUAUCGCAGCCUGUUUCCAAUCUGGUCUGAUUGGGCUUAUAAGUCUCUGUUCCAGGAGCUCAAAACCCAGAAUGCACCACUAGUUCGCACGUCUCUGGCCGUGCUGAGCUUCACCAAGACUCCCCUGUUCAGGGGUGAGACAAACCAACCUCAUUUUUUCAUGCCCCUUCUUCAUGUCGAUACGGUCGUGGACGCUAUCGUGGAGACACUUGACAGUGGCGCGAGCCGAACAAUCUUCCUUCCUAAAACAAUGGGUCUUCUUGCGGGACUUCGAGGAGCACCGGACUGGAUACAGGACUUAGUCCGGAGCGGCACUAGGAAGCUCAAGGUAGAUUUCAAAGGGCGACAGAAGAUCGAUCCAAAGACUGGAAAGCUGGUCUAA